AUAAAAGAACGCAUUUUGCUAUAGUGUCUGUAUCCUCCGGUUUCCUCUUGUUGCAAUGGUGCAGUCGUGCUCGGCGUAUGGAUGUAAAAACCGAUAUCAUAAAGAUAAGAACGUUUCGUUUCACAAAUUUCCGCUGGCGAGGCCGGACAUCUGUGGAAAAUGGGUAGCUGCGAUAAAGAGAAGCAACUUCAAGCCGACAAAGUACAGCAACAUCUGCUCACAGCACUUUACCAAAGACUGCUUCAAACUGGAAUGCAACAACCGGGUGCUGAAGGAGAACGCUGUACCUUCCCUUUUCAGUUUUGAUUCGUCAAAAAUAAAGGCUGAACCACUAGAAGAAGCUUUGACUCCAGAGACGGACUUCAAUCCGACUUUACCCAGUGUGCACACACCAGAGGAACCAGAGGUGGCUCUGCAACCCCAAAAUCCAGAACCCUCGACUCCCGUUUCAACCUCUAGUCCUGCUCAGUCUCCGCCCGCUGCCGUGAGAGACGAGGACCGGGAGCUGCGACUCGGCGCCUUCGUUUCCUGCGAUCACAACUACACGGUGGAGGACAGCGUGCAGCAGAAAAAGCGUGUGGAGCAGCUGGAGGAGAAGCUGAGGAAGCUGCGCAGGAAGCUGAAGACGCUGCGGCAGAAGUGCAGGCGACAGGAGAGGCAGCUGCAACGCUACAGAUCCACGGAGGAGCUCUACAAGUGUGGGCAGAGCCUGGAACUCGGCAAAAGCUACGUCGUCCUGCCCAGCGGACUGCUCACCACGCUGAAAGAAAGGCACACCGCCACUGGGUUGUGAAAUUUAGAAAAGACUUUUAUGUAGACAGACAUGUGGAAUAGACAAUCUGUUACACUUACCCACCACUGCUGAGAUCUGGGUUCAAGUCUCAGCGGUGUUAUCGAUCUGCUGGGCAUCUACACAGACCUAAUUGGCUAGAUCUGGGGGAAGGGGAAGUGGCCGAAACCCUGCGAUAGAUUUGCACUCUGUCCAUGUUUUCCUGCCUGAUGUUUCCUGGCGGAACCUGGUCUGCCGCAACCCUGACCAGGAUAAAGGGGUUAAUGAAAAUAAAAUGUUUUCUGAACUGAUAUAAUUGAACUGAUAUAUUUCACAUACUGUAUAUUUUUUAUAUAAUUUAUCAUGACUCCCCCGUUUUACAGCCACACAGGUUGCACAGUUAGACGUAACGUGUUGUCAUGUACAAAUAGUCCAAAGAUUUUUUUUGCCAUGUCACCCAAUCCUACCACCAUGUUAGUUCACACAUCCUAAUAUUGUAUUUUUCACAGUUAUAUUUACAUUUUUAUUUUUAUAUUAUCAUCAAACUGGUCCAAAACAGAGGUGUGAAUGGAUUGCGUCCCAUUCUUCUGCUGCUUGUCUCCUGUUUCGUCUUGCUCUGACCUGCUUUUGCUUUAUGUGUUAUGCAUCCAGCUUCUA